AUAUUUCAUUUCUUGCUUUAUCUUUCUAUAAUUUUUCAAAAAAGCUUCAAGGAAUGGCCAAGACUAAUGGAUUUAUGGGACAUGAUAUGUUGGCACCAUUUACUGCGGCAUGGAUGAUUGAUAUGGGACCUUUAGUUAUAGAUAAAGCGGAGGGUUCUUAUGUCUAUGACGUAAAUGGAAAGAAGUACCUUGAUUCUUUAUCUGGUUUAUGGUGCUCAGUAUUAGGGGGGAGUGAGCCUCGUCUUAUUGAAGCUGCAAAUAAACAACUCAAUAAAUUGGCAUUUUACCACUCAUUUUGGAAUCGUACCACAAAGCCUUCUUUGGAUCUUGCAAAGGAGCUCAUAAAUAUGUUUACUGCAAAUAAGAUGGGAAAAGUUUUUUUCACAAGUAGUGGAUCAGAAGCUAAUGACACUCAGGUGAAGUUGGUGUGGUAUUACAACAAUGCCAUUGGGAGGCCAAACAAAAAGAAAAUUAUUUCUCGAAAAAAUGCAUACCAUGGCUCCACUUAUAUGACUGCCGGUCUCUCCGGGCUUCCAUCACUACAUCUAAAAUUUGAUUUACCACCUCCAUAUAUUCUUCACACUGAUUGCCCUCAUUAUUGGAACUAUCACUUGCCAGGUGAGACAGAAGAGGAGUACUCAACUAGGUUGGCAAAUAAUUUGGAAAAUCUUAUACUCAAAGAGGGUCCUGAAACAGUUGCUGCUUUCAUUGCGGAACCAGUCAUGGGAGGAGCAGGUGUUAUAAUUCCUCCAGCUACUUAUUUCGAAAAGAUUCAAGCUGUUUUAAAGAAAUAUGACAUUCUUUUCAUCGCGGACGAGGUGAUAUGUGGAUUUGGAAGACUUGGGACAAUGUUUGGCUGUGAUAAGUACAACAUUAAGCCUGAUCUUGUCUCUAUAGCAAAGGCUCUUUCUGGUGGAUAUAUACCAAUUGGUGCUGUGCUUGUAAGUGAAGAAAUUUCUAAGGUCAUAAUGUCUCAAAGCAAUCAACUUGGUGUUUUUUGCCAUGGAUUUACUUAUUCUGGACAUCCUGUUGCGUGUGCGGUUGCAUUGGAAGCACUAAAAAUCUAUAAGGAAAAAAAUAUUACUGAGGUAGUGAAUAAAUUAUCACCAAAGUUUCAAGAAGGUUUGAAAGCAUUUAUAGACAGUCCAAUAAUUGGAGAGAUAAGGGGAACUGGUUUAGUACUUUCUACAGAGUUUGUAGAUAACAAAUCUCCUAAUGAUCCUUUUCCACCAGAAUGGGGUGUUGGUACAUAUUUUGGAUCACAAUGUCAAAAGCAUGGUAUGUUGGUGAGUUUUUCUGGUGAUCAUGUAAAUAUGGCCCCUCCAUUCACCUUGAGUCUUGAAGAACUUGAUGAGAUGAUAAGCAUAUAUGGGAAAGCAUUGAAGGAUACUGAAAAAAGAGUGGAAGAAUUGAAGUCUCAGAAGAAGUAAAAAUCUCAUGAAAAAAAAGUUAUUUCAAGUUUAAAUAAAAACUUUGUUGUAGUUUUUUUUUUUUUUUUGAGUGUUGCUACUCAUAACAUAAGAGUGUUUUAUUAUAUUCUAUUGUUUUAAUGAGA